UUUUCAUUCAUCGCAUUGAAUCGUCGCGCGUCUUUCGCUUGGUCUGCUGGUCCGCUGGAUCAUCGACUAUUCUUGACCGAAUCUCGGUCGUGCGACGGCGCGUGAUUCACGAGUGUUAUAUAAUACUGAACCGGCUAGUCACUCCGGUGCGAGUAUGCGAAGUGCGAGGUGUAACUUAAGAGUCACUUUUCUUUCCCGAUCGAUUGUAGAGCCGACGUUUCCUCAACGGAAACGCACGAGGAAUGUCGAUUUUUCGAUAGUUCUUGGAGCUCUGAUUGAAAAUAUUGAACUGAAAAAUUGUUGAAUCUAUUAAUAAAGUUUAUUCUGAUAGAUUGCAAUUGGAGGAGUGAAAACUCGCGAUGAUCUUCUCUUUUUCUUUUAAGAAAAUAUCGAUCUAAAAGCUGAUAGAAAUUUACAGACGAAAAGUGGCUCUCCAAAUUUGGAACAUCCUAUAUAGUUGGGUUUAUGUUCCGAUAACUGACGGUGACGUGAGUGAUAUGGUGAACCAAAAGGAAUUUGGAAAAUGCCGGGCGUGGAGUUCGCGAUCGGUGCCCUGGCGGCGGUAGGCGCCGGCUUCUUCACGAAUCCCGUGGACGUGGUGAAGGUGCGAUUGCAGUUGCAGGGUGAAUUGGAGGCGCGUGGCUCGUACACGAGGAUAUACAAGAACACCUUGCACGCCGCAUAUCUCAUAGCCAAACACGAGGGCGCGUUGGCCCUGCAGGCGGGACUCGUGCCCGCGCUCGCCUUUCAGGUCGUCCUCAACGGCAUCCGCCUGGGCGCAUACAAGUCCGCCCAGAGAUACGAACUCAUCGUCGACAAGCAGGGCAAUACCGAUGUUCUGCGAACCGCCCUGGUGUCCGGCACAGCCGGCUGUGUCGGCGCCGUCCUCGGCAGUCCGUUAUAUCUGGUCAAGACGCAGUUACAGGCGCAAUCCGCGAAAUCCAUCGCCGUGGGCUACCAGCACAAUCAUUCGGGAUCGUGGGACGCGUUCAAGUCCCUGUGGAUGGAGGGCGGCAUCGCGGCGCUUUAUCGAGGAUGGAACGCCAACAUGCCGCGCGUGUUCGUCGGCUCGGCGACACAGCUGACCACCUUCGGAUUAGCGUCGGACUGGCUACGCUCGCUAAAUAUAUUUCCAGAUCGUCCGAUACUGCUGACCUUCUUGGCCUCCGCGAUUGGAGGUAGUUGUGUAGCCGUCACCAUGCAGCCGUUCGACGUCCUGGCAACGCGGUUGUACAAUCAACAGACGGACGCGGCCGGAAAGGGUACCCUGUACAAAGGACUCGGAGACGCGCUCAUCAAGAUAUUGCGUACUGAGGGUCUGACUGGCCUGUACAAAGGGACGUUCCCGACGUGGAUGAGGAUAGCGCCACAUACGGUCCUAUGCCUGGUGUUUUACGAGCAGCUAGAUCAAUUGUAUCGCAAGUUUAGAACUGAUUGAUGCUAGUUUUAAAUUUAUAUAAAUUAUGUAUUUACUCUAGGUAUACGCACAGCGAAAAUUUUGUAAGAUUUUUCAAGAAUGUUGAACAUUAAAGAUUGCAACUUUAUUCGGAAUAAAUUGAUGUUAUGCAUUG